UUUUCAAUUAAUAUGAAGGUUAGCGAAUCUGCGACGUGUGUUUUACCUUCUGCAUAAUUGCCUUGGAAACGAGUUGUUUAUGUUAGCCAUGAGCUAACCCACCAUGCGCUUCAUCUAGCUGCCUAUCGAUAUACGUCAAGAUGGUCAAGGUGAAAAUAUUAUUUAUUGGACCAAACGAGUGUGGAAAAACAGCAUUGGCCAAUUUUCUCUCUGACACAACGGAAUCAAUUGGAGCUGAUUAUUACAGCCCAACACAAGGCGUCAGGAUACUAGAGUUUGAAUCACACAGUUUAUCUAAUGGCAACAAAAAUUCAGCAUGUGAAGUGGAACUAUGGGAUUGUGCGGGAGAUUUCAAGUUUGAAUCAUGCUGGCCAGCUUUAAUGAAAGACUCCAAUGGGGUAGUUAUUGUAUUUAACCCAGAUGUGCCCAGCCAUCUAAAGGAAAUCGAGACCUGGCACAAUACAUUCAUCUCUUCACAGGGACUACUGGAGGCCCAGUGUCUGCUCAUUGCCCAUCAUAAACCAGGGAGCGGGGCUGACACUAACCAUCCACCAUUAGCCCCACAGUUAAACAAGCUGCCUCUCAUUCACUCAAACCUUGAGGAAGACCCUGAAGAUGUCCGACAGGAGUUCCACAAAUACUUGGGAAAUGUUAUGCGGAUGCUAUCGGAAAAACAGGAGCGUGAAGAGAUGUCAAUUAUUACAUAAUUGUAUUUUUAUUUUUUUGUAUAUGCCCAGAUAAAUCUAUAUCCCACAUAAUGUAUACACAUGCAUGCAUUUUUAUUCCCGUGAAAAAUCUUGUUAGCCCCAUCUCGCGUAACAGUCUGGGAGAUGGAAUCUCUCAUAGUGGUCAAUAUUAGAUCCAUCCCACAAUUUAAUUUUCACUCAUUUUAGUCAAGACAAGAGAACACAUUUUGGUUCUGUAGUGAAGUGUGCUCUCAAAGGGCUGAGCUCAGAUUUGUCUACAAGUAAAAAACAACAACAAAAAAAUACUAAACUGUGAUGGAAACUAUUGAUCAUCAUCCUAGAGUUCAACAAUAUUGUAAUUCACUUUACCAUUAUCCUGGCUCCACUGACUAAGAUGUAAUUAAAGGCCUAUUGGAAGUAAA